AGCAUUUCCUGCAGCUGGGCUGGCGGGAAGGGCGGCUCUCGGCCUCGCUCCUGCACGCGCACGACACGGAGACGCGCGCCACCAUGACGCUGGCCCUGGCCGGGGACACGGUCGCCGCCGGGCAGGACGCCGCCUGCCACCUCCUCCGCUUCCGCCUCAGGGAGCCCCCGAAGGGAGCAAGCAGCAACUGCAGCAACAGCAGCAGCAGCAGCAGCAGCAGUGAGAAGGGCCCGCGAAGGCGCAGGGCCCCCGCCCCCAGCCGGUCGGAGGGCACCCACGACGAGACGCCCCAGGUGCUGGUGGAGACUCUGCACUGCGUCCAGACGGACACCAGCCCCGACGCCCUGCAGAAGGCCGUGUGCUUCAACGAGGACCACACCCUCCUGGCCACCGGUGGCGUGGACGGCUUCUUGCGGGUCUGGGAGUUUCCUAGCAUGAAGAAGGCCUUUGAGGUCCAGGCUCACCAGGGAGAGAUUGAGGACAUCACGCUCAGCCCCGAUAACAAGGUGGUGACCGUGGGGCGUGACUUCCGGUGCUGUGUGUGGAAGCGGGACCAGAUGGUGACGGGGCUGCAUUGGAACGAGAACCUCCCGGGCAUCCCGGACAAGGCGUACCGCUACCAGGCUUGCAGGUUUGGGAAGGUGGAGGACCAAGGCGGGGCUCUGCGGCUCUACACCGUCCAGAUCCCGUACAAGCGGGAGCGGCGGCCCCCUCCUUGCUACAUCACCAAGUGGGACGGGCGGAGCUUCCUCCCCCUGCUGACCCGGCCCUGUGGCAACGAGGUCAUCUCCUGCCUCUCUCUCAGCGACACAGGCACGUUCCUAGGGCUGGGCACCGUCACGGGCUCCGUGGCCAUCUUUAUCGCCUUCUCCUUGCAGAGGCUGUACUACGUACGGGAGGCCCACGGGAUUGUGGUCACGGCCGUGGCUUUCCUGCCAGAAACUCCAGAGCUGCUCAGGGACAAUGAGGCCGCCCUGCUGAGCGUGGCCGUGGACAGCCGCUGCCGCCUGCACCGCAUCCCCUGCCGGCGGAGCUUCCCCGUGUGGCUGCUGCUGCUCCUCUGCGCUGGGCUGAUCGUGGCCACCCUCCUGCUGCUGCAGCUGGCCUUCCCUGGCUUCCUGUGACGCCGUUCCUCCUUUCCGGCUGCCGGCAAGGGUCAGGCCUUUGCUCGCCCCCACUCGAGCCCACCGACGGAAGAGGGCAAAGGAUGCCGCUAGGGGACGUGGCCAGGGGGCAGGGCCCCCUCGUAGAGGAAUCCUCGGCUCUGGACGUGGCCGCUUCCCUGGUGUUGCCCUUCACGGAAGGGUGCCUGGGGAGGGGGGGCGAGGGAGUGGAGACGCCCCUCUGCUUUUGUGACUUGUCUGGAAGCAACAUUCCAGCCUCGGUUGCGCGGAGGAGACCAGCCCUCUUGUGGCCCAGCGACGACAGCCUUGGGGCCAGGAUUAAAAGAGGAUGAUGGAGCUGA